GGCCGCCAUCGUUCACAUCUAAAAGGGACUUAUUCAUAUGUGAUCCAAGUUGGAAAAAUCAGCCCCCCAGGAUGGCCACACUCGUUAUCAUCCCCUUCUUGAUCAAGCACAGAAGUGUAUCAAGUAGUCGAUUGGCUCCGCUUGAACAGGGGUAUAUGUCAGUCAGCAGGGCACAUUUAGAACCAGGGAGCUGGCAUUCCAUCUCAUUCGUAUUCUAGCCCUUCUUCGCGCACACAAUCGAUGGUUGGUCCGCUCAUCCGGUGACUGCAGUACAUAAAGCCAACUUUGCAGCAUGAUACGUCCCACACAACACCUUUGUUCCCCUUUACACGCCCUAGCUGUUCAAUAUGCCUUUCACUCAACACGGUCAGAAUGCUAAUGCAAAAAUCGCAACAUACAACGAUGUUGCUGGCGACCAAACCAACAACAACAAAACGGACAACUCUGUCCACACAAAUUCUGGUAAUACUACUACUGUGAACAACAACAACUCCGGAAACAACUCUUCCGUCACCCAGACUAUGAGAGGAAGUGGGCGUCAAACAGUGCGUCGCUGAAAGACGAUAUAUGAUAUGAUCUGAAACCGUCGAGAGCCAUGGAAUAAGACUACCAGUGGUUAUUUGUCUACUGUCGCAGCUAGGAAUGGUGGUUGUAUUUGUAUGGUUGAAUUUGCCUGGCAAUUGUAAAGUUUAUCGCGUUGAAAUCUUAAAAUGUACAGU